GCUUCCCUUCUUCCCUUUAAAAUUGUUUCCGGGAACUCAAACUGAAACUCAUUAUCGUACUUGAAAAACAUAUAAAAAUCCACCGUGUCAUAAUCUGUUCUGAUAAAUUUAUCCAAACAGGGAAGAAGAAAAGAAAGAAGAAGGAAGAAUUUUGAGAAGGAAAUCUCUGUAAUUUUCGGGGUGUCAUGGCCAUGGCGUCGUCGAAGGUUAUAACCAACAAUUCACAGACGAAUUCCGAUCUGCCGCGUCAGCCAUCUCUUUACCCUUCCCUUUCCACUCUUCUCUCCGAUCUUCAAAACCAACAACCGCAGCAGCUUCAGCAGAAUCAAUCCAUGAACAUGGACGAUCUGCUCAACAACAUUUACUCGUCUCCACCAACCCCGCCAACUAACACUGAAGCCAACGCGCAGUUUUCUGGCGCGUCUAUCUCACGCGAGGACUUGGAGAGCAAAUCCUUUGACGAUGUUUGGAAGGGGAUCGUGGCGGGUUGCGGCGAUCAAAGGCAGGGUGGAGCGCCGGAGAAGGUUACGUUGGAGGAGUUUCUGAUUGGCAAGACUGGGGCGGUGGGGGAUGGAGAAGUGGGAGUGGUGGUUAAUCAGGUAGGUGGGGGGUCCGUGGGGGCUGUGGGGACGGGGGUUUAUGCUCCUGUGGAGCCGGCGGCGAUCAACGGUGGCCAAUUUUCCGGCUUUCCGAGUAAUAGUGGAGCUGAUCGUUCAAGAUUGGUGGGACCAAGUGGAGGCGGGAGAGGGAAACGACGUGCCGUGGAGGAGCCGCCGGUGGAUAAGGCCACGCAGCAGAAGCAGAAGAGGAUGAUCAAGAACAGAGAAUCUGCUGCUCGGUCAAGAGAACGCAAGCAUGCUCAUACAGUCGUAUUGGAAACACGCCUAUCUCAGCUAGAAGAGGAAAAUGCAAGGCUCUUGAGAGAAGAGGCUGAAUAUAACAAAGAAAGGCUCAAACAGCUAAUGAAGAACCUUAUACCAGUGGAGCAGAAGCCAAGACGACCUCAUGCGCUUCUUGAAAGGGUGAAUUCCGUGUAGUGGUAAAAUGAUUUCUUUUUGUGGCCCGUUGUUGAAACCACAUCUCUGCAACGAACAAUUUAGCUGGAAGACCAGGAAAAAUGAAAUCUCAGGCUUCAUAUUCACCCCGAGUGGGUUAUCUUUUAGGAGCAGAUGAAUUUUCAUUUGUAGAGAGAAGCCUGAGUACAGUUUUGGGUUAUGAAGGAUCUCCCUCCCAAUUUAAGAUGGCUGUCAAAUUCCUGAAAAUAUCCAUGUAUUACUUAGAGCAGGUAUAAUGGACGAGAAAAAUGAUCUAGUAUAGAAAUUUUUUACUCGUGGAUUCCAGUAACAUGGGAAAGUGAAGGUGUGUUAUGUUUGGACUGGACACGUCUAUACUAAUUUUCAGAUUGAAAUAUUCAUGUUGACAAUAUAUGAUGUUUUUGUGAAUACUUCUCAAUCUGUUAUCCUCUUGAAUGCUCCGGACCACGCUUGCAAUGGCUACCACACGGUCUACCAUUACAACGACUUUCUUUCAUUUUCUUGCUGAAGUGAGGUGGUAUCCGUCCCCUGAUGACCCCCAAGAAAGGCAAGACAUGUAA